AUGGCUUCUAAAACCUCGACUGCACUUAAAAGACUCAUGACCGAGUACAAAGAGCUUACUCUUAAUCCUCCUGAUGGUGUUACUGCUGGCCCAGUCUCGGAAUCUAACUUUUAUGAAUGGGAAGCUCUGGUUGCUGGUCCAGAAGAUACUCCAUAUGCUGGAGGAGUCUUUACUGCUAUACUCUCUUUUCCAAAAGACUACCCUCUGAGUCCUCCUACUAUGAAGUUUAUUUGUCCAAUGUAUCAUCCCAACAUCUAUCCCGACGGAACUGUUUGUAUAUCUAUCCUGCAUGCUCCUGGAGACGAUCCCAACAUGUAUGAGCAUGCAUCAGAACGCUGGUCUCCUGUUCAAAGCGUCGAAAAGAUUCUACUAUCUGUUGUGAGCAUGCUGGCAGAACCCAAUGACGAGGGCGGUGCUCAUGUGGAUGCAUCUAAAAUGUGGCGUGAAGAUCGCAAGCAGUUUGAUGAGAUUGUUCGUCAGACUGUCAAGCACACUUUAGGACUAUAA